AUGCCGUUCGGAUUAAAGAAUACUGGGGCAACUUAUCAAGGGCUGAUCAACAAGAUUUUCAAGGAUCAGAUGGGGAAGACUGUAGAGGCUUACAUUGACGACAUGGUGGUGAAAAGCAAGAGAAGAGUUGACCAUUUGAAGCAUCUAGGAAUCGAGGCAAGCCCAACCCAAGCAGAGGCUCUGACCAAGAAUGCUGAACCAAAGACAAUUAAAGAAGUACAAGCCCUCACAGGUCGGAUAGCUGCACUGAGCCAGUUUAUUUCUAAGUUGUCAGAUCACUGCAAGUCAUUCUUUGAUACCAUACGAAGCAAUGGGAGACAAAGCCCUCCGAUCCUGUCUGCUCCCGAACCAGGAGAAAAGUUAUUUUUAUACCUCGGGGUAUCUAGUAUUGCGACGAGUACUGUUUUGAUCCGCUGCAAGAAAAGAGCUCAGUACCCAGUGUUCUAUGUCAGCAAAACAAUGACUGAUGCCGAAUGGAGAUAUUCAAAGGCCGAACGAGUGAUACUCUCGCUCGUAAAUGCAAAAAAGAAGCUAAGACAUUAUUUUGAAUCCCAUCCUAUCGUCGUUAUGACCGUUUUUCCAAUCAGAGUGAUCCUGCAUAAGCCAGACCUCUCGGGGAGAAUGACGAAGUGGGCCAUAGAGUUAAGUUCGUUUGACAUAACGUAUGAACCUAGAACGGCUAUCAAAGGGAAAACAAUGGCUGAUUUCUUGCUAGAAUGUGAUUCAGAGGAUGUGGAGGAAGACCUUCGCAGUUGUCCAUGGAAACUCUUCGUAGAUGGAUCCUCAAAUCAGCUGGGGGCAGGCAUUAGGAUCAAACUACAGACGCCAGAAGUUAGCCAACGAGCUAAAAGUCAGGACUUAACCGCUUUUAGUGACUCACAGUUGGUUAUUCGCCAAGUGAAUGGCGAAUAUGAAACUAAGGACGAAACAAUGGAGGCAUACCGUUUUGCCGUCAUGCGCGAGGCUAAAAAUUUUGACAAUGUCAAGUUUGUCCAGUUACCAAAGGAGCAAAAUGAAGACGCCGACCGGUUGGCAUGCAGUGCUUCGAAUUCUGGGGAGACAUUGGCGAGGGUGAUCCCAGUAAGUAUAUUGAACCAGCCAUCCAUCUUCGAAGAACCUUCAGGCUUAGAUCCUUGGCAGGUGAAUGUCAUUCCAUAUGAACCGAGUUGGAUAGAUCCGAUCAUAACUUAUGUACGGGAUGGUAUUCUGCCCGAACAAAGGGAUGAAGCUCGAAAAAUUAAGUCAAAUGCAGCGAAAUAUGGCAUAGUGAAUAACCAGUUGUACCGAAGAUCUUUUUCUGGGCCAUACUUAAAAUGUGUCACCCCCACAAAGGCUCGGCAAAUAUUGUGA